AACAGUGAGGGUGGCGGGCACCGGGGCCGGGAGGGAUAAGGUCAGGCGGGGAGGGAGCGCGCUUGCUGUCAGCGCCACUUGGGCUCGGUCAGGACCGGCUGCCCGAGCCCCAGAGGAAGCGUGUGGAUAGUGCGGCCCUGCCCGGGUCGCGGCCGAACUAAGGAGCCAACAUGAACCUGCACCAGGUGCUGACCGGGGCUGUGAAUCCUGGGGACCACUGCUUCUCCGUGGGCAGCAUCGGCGACCAGCGCUUCACGGCUUAUGCAUCUGGAUGUGAUAUUGUAAUACUGGGAAGUGAUUUCGAACGAUUACAGAUAAUCCCAGGAGCAAAACAUGGAAAUAUUCAAGUGGGAUGUGUAGACUGUUCUAUGCAACAAGGCAAGAUUGCAGCAUCCUAUGGAAAUGUUAUCUUUAUUUUUGAACCAGUUAACCCACCGAAACAAAAGAAAAAUUUGGAAUUAUAUAGUCAGUGGCAGAAAAGUGGCCAAUUUUUUCUGGAAUCAAUAGCACACAAUAUAACUUGGGAUCCCACAGGCAGUCGUCUUUUAAUUGGUUCCAACUAUUUGCAACUUUGGUCCAAUACUAACUUGGAGAAGCCAACUGAAGAUGAAAAUCCAGACAAGACAGAUCUUAACUUUGGGGACUGGAGAUGCAUUUGGCAUUGCAAAACUUCCUCCCAAGUUCAUUUAAUGAAAUUUUCACCAGAUGGAGAAUUUUUUGCCACUGCUGGGAAGGAUGACUGCCUUUUAAAGGUAUGGUACAAUGUAGAAAACUGGCGGACCACUGUUACCUCUCCAGAUAGAAGUUCAGAAAACCAAUCCCAAGGAGAAAUUGACUUUUCUUUUGUUUAUCUGGCCCAUCCUCGAGCCGUAAAUGGAUUUUCUUGGCGUAAAACCAGCAAAUAUAUGCCUCGGGCUUCUGUGUGUAAUGUACUGUUGACUUGCUGCAAAGAUAAUGUGUGCCGUCUUUGGGUAGAGACAUUUUUACCAAAUGAUUGUUUGCUGUACGGAGGUGACUGCAACCAUUGGACUGAACCAAUUAAUUUAACAAAUAACUUCAAGAGAAAUGCUUCCAGUAAAGAACGAGUUCAGAAUGCUUUAGAAGUAAAUCUGAGACAUUUUCGGCGAGGUCGGAGGAGGUCACUUGCGCUUGUAGCACACACGGGAUAUCUGCCCCAUCAGCAGAACCCUCAUCACGUCCACAGGAACACUCCACUCCAUGCCAAUGCGCUUUGCCACUUCCAUAUCGCAGCCAGCAUCAACCCAGCCACAGACAUUCCACUUCUUCCAUCUAUUACAUCUCUGAGUCUAAGUGAGAAUGAAGAGAAGAGCGGCCCUUUUGUGGUGCAUUGGCUAAACAAUAAAGAACUGCAUUUUACCUUGUCCAUGGAAGUCUUUUUGCAGCAAGUUAGAAAAAGUUUUGAGCAAGCAUCUUCUGAGGCCAGUGUGGAAGACUCUAAUCAGACAGAUGUAAAAUCUGAUGAAGAAACGGAUGAUUGUGUUGAUGACCUGAAAAUAAAUCAUGCAAAGAAGGAAUUGGCUGGAGAUAAAGUAGUACCGAAUUCAAGUUUUACAUCCUUACCGUCAGCUGCCAUUGAUCAUCAGAUUGAAGUCCUUCUGUCUGAAUGGAGUAAAAAUGCAGACAUGCUGUUCAGUAUCCAUCCCGUGGAUGGUUCUUUGCUGGUUUGGCACGUGGAUUGGCUGGAUGAAUACCAGCCUGGCAUGUUUCGUCAAGUGCAGGUGUCCUUUGUUUCCAGAAUUCCUGUAGCUUUCCCCACAGGUGAUGCGAACUCUCUCUGUAAGAGCAUAGUGAUGUAUGCCUGUACCAAGAAUGUUGAUCUGGCUAUUCAGCAAGGGAAACAGAAACCUUCUGGCCUCACUCGUUCUACAUCAAUGCUUAUCUCUUCUGGUCACAAUAAAUCUUCUAAUAGUUUAAAAUUGAGUAUUUUUACCCCUAAUGUUAUGAUGAUUUCAAAACAUGCUGAUGGUUCUCUGAAUCAGUGGCUGGUCAGUUUCGCUGAGGAAUCUGCAUUUUCUACAGUUCUUAGUAUUUCCCACAAAUCCAGAUAUUGUGGUCAUCGCUUUCAUCUUAACGAUUUAGCUUGCCACUCAGUGUUACCCUUAUUGUUGACAACAUCACACCAUAAUGCUUUAAGGACACCAGAUGUUGAUAACCAGAAGCAGCCUUUUGAUGCUGUAAAUACUGAGGAAUGUUCUUUGAAACAACAAAAUAAAAACACCAUUGAUAUGGCCUUUCAGGAUCCCAAUGCAGUUUAUAGUGAGCUUAUUCUCUGGAGGGUUGAUCCAGUUGGGCCACUGUCUUUUUCUGGAGGAGUAUCUGAGCUUGCUCGGAUUAAUUCUCUUCAUGUUUCUGCCUUUUCCAACGUGGCAUGGCUGCCUACUCUUAUACCCAGUUACUGUCUAGGUGCCUACUGCAACUCUCCUAGUGCGUGCUUUGUAGCAAGUGAUGGGCAGUAUCUGAGAUUAUAUGAAGCAGUUAUUGACGCCAAGAAACUUUUAUUUGAGCUUUCUAACCCUGAAAUUUCUAAAUAUGUUGGCGAAGUGUUUAACAUCGUCAGUCAGCAGUCGACAGCCAGGCCAGGAUGUAUUAUCGCAUUAGAUCCCAUUACCAAGCUUCAUGGCAGAAAAACCCAGCUGCUUCAUGUUUUUCAAGAAGACUUCAUUUUGAAUAAUCUUGAAAAGAAAAGUCUAGGAAAAGACAGCAUUUUAUCUAAUGCAGGCAGCUCACCCAAUGGAUUUUCUGAAAAGUUCUAUCUGAUUGUAAUAGAGUGCACGCAAGACAGCCGUUCCCUGUUACACAUGUGGAAUUUACAUUUAAAGUCAAUUCCUGUCUCGUUGGAUGAAAAAGUAGAUUCAAAAAUAUCUGAAGCAGUGUGUCAGCCAGAAGAGCACUAUUCUUCUUCUCCAGAGAGGAUCCUGUCUCCUUUCUCACAGAAGUAUCAGGCUUGCAGGGCAAAUCUCCAGAGUACCAGCAAGUUGACUCUGUCUUCAGAAAUGGUUUAUAGCCAAGAGUUGAAUUUGCCAGAAGGAGUUGAGAUCAUAAGUAUUAAGCCAUCAGCAGGACAUCUGAGUUCUUCUUCCAUCUAUCCUGUGUGCAGUGCUCCUUAUUUAUUGGCAACUUCAUGUUCAGAUGAGAAAGUAAGAUUCUGGAGAUGCAGAGUAACACAUGGAGAAUCUGGCAUAUCAAAGAAUGGAGAAAUGGAUCUUGUGUACAUUUGGGAAGAGUGGCCAUUACUUAUUGAAGAUGGACUUCAGAAUAACAGUAGUAUAACGGUACCUGGUAGGCCUAUAGAAGUUAGCUGUGCACAUACAAAUCGUUUAGCAGUAGCUUACAAGCAGCCUACAUCUAAUAGUAGAUCUUCUCAGGACUUCGUGAUGCAUGUAAGUAUUUUUGAAUGUGAGUCUACAGGAGGCUCGUGUUGGGUCCUUGAACAGACAGUUCAUUUAGACGAGUUAAGCACAGUGUUGGGUUCUGGCAUCAGUAUUGAUAGCAAUUUAGUGGCCUAUAAUAAACAGGAGAUGUAUUUGUCCAGUAGAGAGAAUAUCACAUCAAACACAAAGCAUUUAGUUCACUUAGAUUGGAUGUCUAGAGAAGAUGGAUCUCAUAUCCUGACUGUAGGAAUUGGAUCAAAGCUUUUUAUGUAUGGACCCCUAGCAGGCAAGGUACAAGAACAGACUGGUAAGGAAAGCCUGGGCUUUCCUCUUUGGGAGAGCACUAAAGUUGUACCCCUUUCUAAAUUUGUACUAUUACGAAGUGUGGACUUGGUAUCUUCGGUAGAAGGUUCCCCACCUUUUCCUGUUUCUUUAUCUUGGGUCCGGGAUGGCAUCCUUGUGGUAGGAAUGGAUUGUGAAAUGCAUGUAUAUUCCCAGUGGCAGCCUUCUACUAAACAAGAACCUGUUAUAACAGACUCAUACAAUGGGAGCACUCCAUCUAUAAUAAGUUUAAUAAAACAGAGUAACUCCUCAAGUGCUGGGUUACCUCCUCCAAAGAAAACCCUGACUCGAUCCAUGACUAGCCUUGCACAGAAAAUCUGUGGAAAGAAGAGUGUGUUUGAUCCUUCGGUGGAUAUGGAAGAUUCAGGUCUUUUUGAGGCAGCCCAUGUACUUUCCCCAACUUUACCCCAGUACCAUCCAUUGCAGCUCUUAGAACUUAUGGAUCUUGGCAAAGUUCGGCGAGCAAAGGCCAUCUUGUCCCAUCUUGUCAAGUGCAUUGCUGGGGAAGUCGUGGCUCUGAAUGAAGCUGAAUCUAAUCCCGACCGCCGCCUUCGAUCUCUCACCAUCAGUGCUAGCGGAAGCACCACCCGAGACCCCCAGGCCUUCAGCAAGGCUGAGAGCACAGAUUACACAGAAAUAGAUUCUGUCCCUCCACUCCCUUUGUACGCCUUACUUGCAGCAGAUGAUGACAGCUGUUACUCAUCUUUGGAGAAACCCCAUAAUGAAAAUACCUUGAACAAAUCACAUCAGUUAUCAAAAGAAAAUUACGAUGAGCUCUUUCAGACCUCAGCUCUGAUGGCCGAUACUGAUGUGUUAGAGACAGAUGAGGAGACUCCAAAGCCCAGUGUUAUUGACCUUUCCCAGUACAGUCCAACGUACUUUGGUCCUGAGCAUGCUCAGGUUCUUUCUGGCCACUUACUUCAUUCUAGUUUACCAGGUCUCAGCCGGAUGGAACAGAUGUCCUUGAUGGCCUUAGCAGAUACAAUUGCAACUACAAGCACAGAUAUUGGAGAAAGCAGAGACAGAAACCAAGGUGGAGAAACUCUUGAUGAAUGUGGGUUAAAGUUUCUUUUGGCUGUCCGACUCCAUACCUUUCUUACAACUUCCCUUCCAGCCUAUCGAGCGCAACUCCUCCACCAAGGCUUGUCUACUAGUCAUUUUGCUUGGGCAUUUCACUCAGUAGCAGAAGAAGAGUUGCUGAACAUGUUGCCAGCAAUGCAGAAAGAUGAUCCCACGUGGUCUGAACUAAGAGCUAUGGGUGUGGGAUGGUGGGUCCGGAAUACCCGCGUCUUACGCAAAUGCAUAGAAAAAGUAGCCAAAGCAGCCUUUUAUAGGAAGAAUGAUCCUUUAGAUGCAGCCAUUUUUUACCUUGCAAUGAAAAAGAAAGCUGUGAUUUGGGGAUUAUACAGAUCUCAAAAAGACACCAAGAUGACACAGUUUUUUGGACACAAUUUUGAGGAUGAAAGGUGGCGUAAAGCAGCUUUAAAGAAUGCUUUUUCUUUGCUAGGCAAACAAAGAUUUGAACAUUCUGCAGCAUUUUUUCUUUUAGCUGGUUGCCUGAGAGAUGCAAUUGAGGUAUGUCUGGAGAAACUGAAUGACAUUCAGUUGGCUCUUGUAAUAGCAAGACUCUAUGAGUCUGAAUUUGAUACAUCUGCAACAUAUAAAUCUAUUUUACGUAAAAAAGUGUUAGGAAUUGAUUCUUCUGUCAGUGAACCCAGUUCAUUGAACAUAAAUACACAUUAUGAUCCUUUUCUUCGGAGUAUGGCAUAUUGGAUUUUGGAAGAUUAUAGUGGUGCUCUGGAGACAUUGAUAAAGCAGCCUGUGAGGGAGGAUGAUGAUCAAGCCACGACGUCAUCUUGUAAUCCUGCCGUUUUUAAUUUCUACAAUUACCUAAGAACACAUCCUCUUUUGCUGAGACGUCAUUUUGGAUCAUCUGACGUGUUUUCUACACACAUGAGUCUAACAGGAAAAAGUGGACUGGCAGGAACAAUUAAUUUAAGUGAAAGAAAAUUAUUUUUUACUACUGCCAGUGCUCAUUUGAAAGCUGGCUGCCCUAUGUUGGCUUUGGAAGUAUUAUCAAAGAUGCCCAAAGUCAUCAAGAAAACAAAACCUUUUUGUAGGACAUCUAGUUUUCUGGAUACUAGUAAAGAUUGUUCGCCUUCUUCACCACUGAAGUUGGAUGCAGGAGAUGAUAAGUCUUCCGCAGUUGAUUGGUCCCAGUCACUGAUGAACGGCUUUGGAUCUUCCUCAGAGGGCUCCUCAGAGAAGCAGUCAAACUCCACUCUUUCUUUUGACUGGAGUCAACCAAGUAUCGUAUUUCAGGAUGACUCUUUGGAGUUAAAAUGGGACAGUGAUAAUGAUGAAGAGAAUGAGGAUGGCCCUCUUGCAAUGAAAGAACUAAAACCUUUACAAAGAACAACAGAUAAAAAAUUAGAGGAAAUAAGUUCUAAUUACACAGACUCUUUCAGCACACUAGAUGAAAAUGACAUCUUAAACCCAUCAGAAGAUAUAAUUGCAGUUCAAUUAAAAUUUAGAGCAUGUUUAAAGAUUCUGACAGUCGAACUUCGUACUUUAUCUACUGGUUAUGAGAUAGAUGGUGGAAAAUUGCGUUAUCAGCUAUACCACUGGCUCGAAAAAGAGGUGAUAGCUCUUCAGAAGACUUGUGACUUUUGCUCAGAUGCUGAAGAAUUACCGUCUGCAGUUGGCAAAAAUGGAGAUGGAUUUGGAUUAAAUCAGGAUACUGAAGAUUUGCUUCACCAAACAAAAGUGAAACAGCUGAGAGAAAGUUUUCAGGAAAAAAGACAGUGGCUCUUGAAAUACCAGUCACUCUUGAGGAUGUUUCUUAGUUACUGCAUACUUCAUGGAUCCCAUGGUGGGGGUCUUGCAUCUGUGAGAAUGGAAUUGAUUUUGCUUUUACAAGAAUCUCAGCAGGAAACAUCAGAACCGCUGUUUCCUAGCCCGCUGUCAGAGCAAACCUCAGUGCCUCUCCUUUUUGCUUGUACAGCCAGUGCCAAAACAGUAGUUGCCAACCCAAUAUUGCACCUUAGUAAUCUAACACAUGAUAUUCUACAUGCCAUCAUAAACUUAGAUUCACCUCCCCAUCCUGAUAUCCAAAGCAAUAAAGUGUACGUCAUGCACACGUUAGCAGCUUCCCUUUCUGCUUGCAUUUACCAGUGCCUUUGUGGUAGUCAUAACUACAGUUCAUUUCAAACAAAUCAGUUUACUGGAAUGGUGUAUCAGACCAUACUGCUUCCCCAUCGACAUUCUUUGAAAACAGGAAGCUUAGACGAAGCAGUAACUCCCAAUACAUCACCAGCUCAAUGGCCAGGAAUAACUUACUUAAUUCGACUUCUGAAUUCUUCUGGUGAGGAAGCCCAGUCAGGACUUACAAUCUUGCUCUGUGAGAUUCUCACAGCAGUGUAUCUUAGUCUCUUCAUCCAUGGUCUUGCUACGCAUUCUAGUAAUGAAUUAUUUCGGAUUGUGGCCCAUCCUCUAAAUGAGAAAAUGUGGUCUGCUGUAUUUGGUGGAGGUGCGCGUGUUCCCAGCAUAGAACAGACACAUUCAAAAGCUUUGCCUGUUUCUUCACUAGUUGGAGAAGGAGAGAAACAGAGCAAACAUUUUAGACCAUCAAAAAUGUCUUGCAGAGAUUCUACCCCACCGACCUCUUCCUCACCACCAGUAAGCCAGGAGUCGCUGCCACUUAAGGAGAAGUUUAUUCCACCUGAACUCAGUAUCUGGGACUAUUUCAUAGCCAAGCCUUUUCUACCCCCUUCCCAAAGUAGAGCAGAGUAUGAUUCAGAAGAGAGUCUGGAAAGUGAUGAUGAUGAUGAUGAUGAUGUUUUAGCAACAGAUUUCCAUCUCCAGGAGCAUUCUAAUUCAAAUUCCUAUAGUUGGUCGUUGAUGCGAUUGGCCAUGGUGCAGUUGGUGCUCAACAAUUUGAAGACUUUCUAUCCCUUUGCAGGUCAUGAUCUUGCAGAGCUUCCAGUAAGUUCACCUCUUUGUCACGCGGUUCUGAAAACUCUUCAGUGUUGGGAACAAGUUCUUCUUCGAGGACUUGAAAUCCAUGGGGGGCCACCUCAAAACUACAUUGCAAGUCACACCUCUGAAGAGAGUUUGUCUGCAGGCCCCGCAAUUCUCCGCCACAAAGCUUUACUGGAACCUACAAACACUCCUUUCAAAUCAAAACACCAAUUGGCAUUGUCUGUGAAGAGGCUUUGGCAGUACUUGGUAAAGCAGGAAGAAAUUCAGGAGACCUUUAUCAGAAAUAUAUUCACAAAGAAACGGUGUCUAAAUGAGUCAUUAGAGGACAACAGUGAAACUAUCAAAAAUACAAUGAUGGAGGAGCCAAACAUCACUAAGAUAGAAGCAGAUUUGGGAUAUCCUGGAGGUAAAGCACGAAUUAUUCAUAAAGAAUCUGAUAUCAUUACUGCCUUUGCUGUUAAUAAAGCAAAUAGAAACUGCAUAGCAGUUGCUUCCAGCCAUGACGUUCAAGAACUGGAUGUUUCUGGAAUUCUGGCUACACAGAUCUAUACUUGGGUAGAUGAUGAUAUGGAAAUGGAAACAAAAGGAUCAGAGGAUUUCUUGGUUAUACAUGCACGUGAUGAUUUAACAGCUGUACAAGGUACAACCCCGUACACGCAUAGUAAUCCCGGGACUCCAAUCAACAUGCCAUGGCUCGGCAGUACACAGACUGGUAGAGGAGCAUCUGUGAUGAUUAAGAAAGCCAUUAAUAAUGUUCGAAGAAUGACUUCUCAUCCAACUCUUCCUUACUUCUCUAAGUUUGGAAUAGUUGAUGCUGAUGGAUAUUUAAGUUUGUAUCAAACAAACUGGAAGUGUUGUCCAGUUACUGGAAGCAUGCCUAAGCCAUACCUGACAUGGCAGUGUCAUAACAAAACAGCAAAUGAUUUUGUCUUCGUUAGUUCCUCCUCUUUGAUAGCCACUGCUGGUCUUUCAACAGACAAUAGAAACAUAUGUUUGUGGGAUACUCUUGUAGCACCCACCAAUAGUUUAGUCCAUGCUUUUACCUGUCAUGAUAGUGGAGCCACAGUUUUAGCAUAUGCUCCAAAACAUCAGCUACUAAUAUCAGGAGGCAGAAAAGGUUUUACGUGUGUAUUUGACCUUCACCAACGGCAACAGAGGCAGCUUUUCCAGAGCCAUGAUUCGCCAGUUAAAGCCAUUGCUAUUGAUCCAACUGAAGAGUACUUUGUUACAGGAUCUGCUGAAGGCAGCAUAAAGAUUUGGAGUCUCUCUACCUUUGGUCUUCUCCAUACUUUUAUCAAUGAACAUGCUCGGCAGUCCAUUUUUAGGAAUAUUGGAACUGGAGUGAUGCAGAUUGAAACAGGGCCAGCAAAUCACAUUUUCUCUUGUGGAGCUGAUGGAACAAUGAAAAUGAGAAUACUGCCAGAUCAGUUUAGCCCCUUAAAUGAAGUGUUGAAAAAUGAUGUGAAAUUCAUGCUAUAACAUUUUCAUGAAGAAGAUCAUUUAUUACCUAUAUGGAAGUAGCCAACAGGUGAAAUGUACAGUGAUCACUCUCUAUGCCACAAAUAAGCUAAUGCUUUCUUGUUUUCCUAUUUACUUCAUAGAGCUUUACCCUUGAUGCACUGAUGCCUUAAAAAUUAAUAAGGUCAUUCAGAAUUAGAUUAUAUUGCCUAAAGUAGAACGUGUAAGUAAGGCUGUUAUAAUCUGUCUGUACAGUGUGUUAUAUUUUGUCAUAGUGUUAAAGGAGUUUCGUUUUCUUAUUGUUGAUAAACUCUUCUGCAGAUACCUCUGCAUGAACUUCUUUUCCAGUAAAAAUACCCUUUUUUAAAGGCAGUUGCACAUAAUUCUCAUCACUUAAUUCUCCACACUCGUACUUCUCUUAUCAGACUUAUACCUCUCAAGCUCUUCUCCUCUUAAUUAAUGAUAGAUUGACCUUUGGGUAAGAACCCAUAAAAUAAUGAACAUCUCCAUUAAAGCUGUCCUUGAGACUGAAGUGAUAAACGAGCCAAAGGGCUCAUGUAGUUUUUACCAGUUUCCCCUGGAGCCCAAGUUGUGUGUAUGUGUACUUGUGUGUGUGUGUGUACGUAUAUAUCUUACACAUCUUAUUUGAACUUAGUUUGUGUACAUGUAAGCAAAAACCACAAGUCUUUUAAUGUGUUUUUGUGCCAUAACAAAUACUGCCACCAGAAUAACUUUUUUUACAACCUUUUUUCAUGUUUUUUAAUUUUUGAAUUCCCAUCCCUAAUUGUCAAAUAAAUUUUAAGACUUCCAAGAUUAUUAUUUUUAAGUUUGUGUUGAGUCAAAUAAGUCUUAGUAGGCAAUAAAAGAUUCUGUGUUGGCAUAUGUAAGACACUUAAAAGUUUGUGACUUUGUUAAAGGAGUUUUGAGCAUCAAACACUUUAUUUAAAUUUUAUUUUCUCUCUCUAAUUUUUAGGUGCUUUUAUUCUCAAAAUUCUGAAAACCUUCUAGCAGUGUUUUUAGAAACAAAUGUGAAAAAUAUCAGAUCAACUAGAUAGUAUUUACAGAUGUAAAAUACCCCCAGAAGUACCAUAAAUAGAAAAUAAACUAAACCUUAUAUUUUAUUAUUUUUGCCAAAAUAUAUUAUUUUAUUAUAAAAUAUGACCAAAAUAUUAAGAUUGCACAAUGCUUUUAACUUAAAUGUGCUUAACCCUAUUUCUGUCUGUUUUGUGCUGUAUCUUUUCCGAUUCAGAAUUAUAGAAAACUUGAUAAAUACUUGAUCUUAACCAAUAAGACUGCAGGCAGAUGGGACUAAGUGUAUAUGGGACAAUUAUUAUGUAUACUAUUUAGCUUGAAUAUAUUUUGUUUAAUAGAAAAUAUAAAAUAAGAACAUUUUUAUGUAAUAGAAUAUGGACAGCUAUUAUCUUGGAAAUUAAAGAGUCAAAUAAAGCAUAGAAAUGAAGGGCUGGUAAACUGAAUUUUGUAAUGUCCUCAGGAUACUUUUAUCUUAAAAGUAUAUUGUUAAAGAUUUUGUAAAUUGUAUUUAAAUAAUUUUAAAUGUGUUGAGCAAGCUGCAGUGAAAACACUGUCAAUAUGUAGAGAGUUUAUACAUGCACAUAACCUGUACUUACAAAUUUGUGCAAUAACCAUAUGUGACUAUUUUGCCAUGGAGAAAUCUAUGACAGCAUCGCAAACAAUAUUAUUGUUUGAUGUAGCUAAGUUAUUUUUCAGUAAUUUCUUCACAAAUCAAGAUUCAAAAGACUUUAAACACUUUCAAUGAGAUAGAAAAUUUACUAUUAUGCUUAGUAGAACAAAAGGCAUUGUAGAUGAACAAUUAAGCAUUUUAAUUGAGGGUUUAUGUGGAUAACCAUAAAUAAUGUAAGCUCAUAUAUGUAUUUACAUCCAGAGUCAUAAUAUUUUAAAUAAACAAUCAUGCAGAGAACUUU